CCACCGCUCGCGAUUGUCCCCUUCACUAUUAACUGAACCAACUCUCUCCCUCUCUCUCUCUCUCUCUCUCUCUCUCGCUCUCUUUCCCCUCCAACCGCUCUUUUCCCCUCUCCCCCUUCUCACUCUACAGCCAUGGACAGUUUCGAUACGAUGACCAUGUCCUACCUGGCCAGCCCCUUGGCUUUGGGCAAUAUCCCGCCCGGUGACUAUCUCAGCGUGAUGCCGGGCAUGGACUUACCAGACCAACAGUCUACCCUCGAGUCAGAGACAUUUGUUAGCGAUGAAAUGUCAUUCCCUUUAAAGCGCUUCUCCUACGACGAUGCCUCGUUCUCUGAUAUGGUCCCCCCCUUCGAGCCCGCGGCGCCCUCGACAGCAGCAGCAGGAGGAGGCGCUGACACCGGCGACUCCUCAACGGCCUCGAUCGACCAUAACCACAAGCUGUUGAGCUUCUCGUUGCCCGCGUACAACUUCUCGCUGCUCGAUUACUCGCUGCGCCGCACCUCGCUCUCGCUCGCCGCCCAGCUGCAUGGCAUGUUCUUCCUGGCCGAGUCGCCCUGGACCAACGCCCCCGCCGACCACGCCCCGCCCCAGCAGGGCGCAGAGCUGACCUGCUACCGACGAAACCUGUUCCAGAUCACCGGCUCCGUGACGUUACCGCGCUCGCUGCGCUAUAUCAUGACCGACCAGGGCGACCGCAUCCCCAUCCUCGCCCAGGAGCUGACCGUCUCCGCCACCGAGUCCGUCGAGGGCAACCCCGUCAAGAUCAUCUCCGUGCCCUGGAAGACCCCCAACGGUGCGAACGGGAAUGGAGGCGGAGGCGUGGGCGGCGUCGUGGCAGCCGACGAACCCCCGACCACCAGCAACAACCCCAAGUCCGAGAAGGAACCGCCCCCGAUCCCCUUGGACAUCAUGGCCGGCCAGGACCUCGACGCCGACUACGCCACCUUCCCCAUCGCCUGGAAACGCCUGCAGUUCCGCGUCGCCACCGCCAACAACGGCCGCCGCAAGGAGCUACAACAACACUUUGUCGUCCGUCUCAAGGUCCUGGCCACCCUCUCCACGGGUGCCAAGAUCCCCAUCUGCGAGGUCCAGUCCGGCCCCGUCAUCGUCCGCGGCCGUAGCCCGCGCAACUUCCAGUCCCGCAAGGACUUGCCUCUCAGCGGCAGCGCCGCUGCCUCGCGCAAGAACGCCGCCGCCCUCAACAGCCGCGCCUCGGCCACUCCCGCAAAGGCUUCGAAUAAACAGGCCGCUCCUCCUCCUCCUCCUCCGCCGCCGCCCGCCACCGCAAAGAGCAGCUCCUCCCCGGAAACCACGCACUCGCUUCCGCACGUCUCCCACCCAUCGCCCGACUGGUCACAGGUUCCCCCGCACUCCGCCGCCUCCGCCUCCACCUCCGCACUGGCCCACCCGUCUCUCUAUCCACACUCCAGCCCGGAAUCGAUCCACAUCCACCCCGUCAAUCCCAAUGACCCGUCCCACUCGCAUUCCCAUCCGGUCGGUCUUCCUCCCGGCGCCACGCGCCCUAUCAACCUAUCCCUCUUGGACGACGAUGAAGUCCUGCACUCAGCCGAGACGGUAAUGCAUGAUCUCCCGCGGGCGUCAAUAUCGGCUUCCGACUCUUCCCAGCAACAACAUCAACAUCAACACCCGCAACAACAUCCGCAACAACCACCCGCCAAAAUACGCAAAACCUCUCAUCAAGCAAGCACCUCUUCAUUAGUAUUUAAUACCUCGCUCCUACAAGACCACCACCACCACCACCAGCAACCGUCUUUACCACCCUUUGCCUCCUCGUCGUCCCUUUCUACCCUCCCCUUCCCCAGCGAAAGCACAGAUUUUCUCUAUGAAUACUUCCCCCUAGGUCUGGACGACUGGCAAUCCCCCGUCGACGCAGUCUACCGCCCCCAUGUCGUCCACCAUACAACCCUCCCGGAAAUGAAAUACGUCGCCGCUCGGGGCCGGAAUAAACGCUACUUUGCUGCAGAAGAUGUGUUCUAACCUUGUCCCCUCACCUUCACCUCCUUCAUCUCUCUUCAUCUCUCUUCAUCUCUCUUCUAUUUCUUAUCUGUUGAUGUGUUUUCUUAUGUUGACCAGGGGGUCGGUUAUGAUUAUGCGGAGAAAAGGUUCGGCGUUGGGGUUCCGUUUCACCUAGGGAUAGGGAUGCAUUAUUUGUAUGAAGAUCAAUGAUAUCCACUGUGCUAUACUUAAGAGAGUAUUACAAGUAUUAGAGUCGAAG